AUGAGGUCCCCGAUGCCACUUGCACGUGAGGCCUGGGCCUGUGGCCAUGACAAUGGUAUCCUGACCUCGGCUUCUUUUCUUGGCUUAUCAGGUGUGAUGACUCUAUUGAUGGUCCUGUGGGGCUCUGCUGCAAAACUGGUGGUCUGCUACUACACCAGCUGGGCCCAGUACCGACCCGGGGCCGCGAUUCUUACCAGGGGCAUAGACCCCAGCCUGUGUACCCAUCUCGUCUAUGCCUUUGCUGGCAUGGACGGUCACCAGCUCAGCUCUGUAGAGUGGAACGACAAACUUCUCUACCAGGAGCUGAGCAGCCUAAAGAAGAUGAACCCCAAGUUGAAGACUCUGUUAGCUGUCGGGGGCUGGAACUUUCGUACCCAGAAGUUCACAGAUAUGGUGGCAACGGCCAGCAACAGGCAGACCUUUGUCACCUCAGCCACAAGGUUUCUGCGUACUCACAGUUUUGAUGGCCUUGACCUUGACUGGGAGUACCCGGGAAGCGGCAGGAGUCCUGCAGUAGACAAAGAGAGAUUCACAGCCUUGCUGCAAGACUUGGCCAUAGCUUUCCAGGAGGAAGACCAGAGCUCAGGGAAGGAACGACUCCUUCUGACUGCAGCUGUGCCCACUGGACAUGACCAUGUGGAUGCUGGCUAUGAGGUGGACAAGAUUGCUCUGAGCCUGGAUUCCAUCAACCUUAUGGCUUAUGACUUCCACGGCUCCUGGGAAAAGACCACAGGACACAACAGCCUCCUCUACAAAAGGCAAGAAGAGAGCGAGGCAGCGUCUGGGUUCAGUGUGGAUGCUGCUGUGCAGCUCUGGCUGUGGAAGAGGACACCUGCUAGCAAACUGAUCCUUGGCAUGCCCACCUAUGGACGCUCCUUCACCCUGGCCUCUUCAUCAGACAACGGAGUUGGGGCCCCAGCCAUGGGGCCUGGUACUCCAGGACCCUAUACUAGGGAAGGAGGGAUACUGGCUUACUUUGAGGUCUGCUCCUGGAAGGGAGAACACAGAAUUAAGGACUAGAAGGUUCCCUACGUCUUCCAAGACAGCCAAUGGGUGGAAUUUGAUGAUAGGGAAAGCUUCAUAGCUAAGGUCAGCUAUCUGAAACAGAAGGGGCUGGGAGGGGCCGUGGUCUGGGCCUUGGACUUGAAUGAUUUCACUGGUUCCUUCUGCAAUCAGAGCCAGUACCCUCUCAUCCAGACCCUGCAGCAGGAGCUGAGUCUUCCACACAUGCCUCCAAGAAGCCCUGAACAGGAAGAUCCUGGGCCAUACCAGUCUCCUGAGCCAGAGCAGGGACCCAGCCCAGGGCUAGAUACCUUCUGCCAGGGUAAAACUGAUGAACUCUAUCCCAACCCUGGAGACAAAUCCAGUUACUACAGCUGUGCAUGGGGACGGCUGUUCCAGCAGAGCUGUCCCCCCGGCUUGGUGUUUAGUGACUCUUGCCAGUGUUGCACCUGGAGCUAA